AUGCUUCUCAUGAAAAUUCUCUACACAACUUCAUUUAUCUUCUUUGCUCUAAUAACAGUAGCUGCCUUAUUCUUAUCAGCUGCUGACGUUAUUCUCGAAGCUUGGAAAGAUGAGACGAAAAGGAUAGAAUACUUAACUAUUAUUGCAGUUGCUUAUUUACUCUUGGGUUUUCUUGCUGUAACAAUAGGCCUUAGUCGCCUGUUCACCACACGGAAAACAUUAAAUAAUAUACCCAAAUCGUAUGUACCCAUACGCGAGGAGGAUAUCCCUCGAUCUGUCCAUUCGUACAUAACAAAAUCCCUCGCCGACAUCUGCUGUAUAGCGCUUGCGUCACAACCUAGCCAAGAUACUACUCAACCAGGAUGGGGCCGACCUGGCACAUCCCUUGCAAACAUCCACUUUAAGACAUCAAUUCGUCAGACCGCAGUCAUCAUCGAACAGGCAGUCCAGAAAUCUACCUCAAUUGUUCGGCAUCCAUCAAUGACAAUCCAAAGAUAUAUCGACUAUCUUGUCGAGUGCAGGCUGAUAGAUAAAAGAAUAGGAAGACUGUAUGUUGAGGGGUAUGAAAAGGCUAGAUUUAGUGAGGAAGAAACUGGCGAGGAACAUUACAAAGAGUUUAUGAGGUUGGUUGCGGUGCUAUUGAGAAUGAUAAGAAAGAACGAGGUAUAUUAUAAAAGCGAAAUUAAAGAAGAUGAGAGCAAUCUGGAAGUGAGAUGA